AUGCCGACAGAGAAUGAGAGAUGCAUGGAGUCCCUGAUUGCUGUUUUCCAAAAGUACAGUGGGAAGGAUGGGAAUAGCUGUCAAUUCUCCAAAACUGAGUUCCUUUCUUUCAUGAACACAGAGCUGGCCGCCUUCAGGAAGAAACAGAAGGACCCUGGUGUCCUUGAACGCACGAUGAAGACGCAGGACCUCAACAGCGAUGGGCAGCUAGAUUUCCAAGAGUUUCUCAACCUUAUUGGUAGCUUAGCUAUAGUGUGCCAUGAGUCCUUCCUCCGGACUUCCCAACCAUCUCCUCCACCCCCUCCGCCAUCCAUCCCUGUACUG